AUGCGUGCCGCGUCGAGCACCCUCUGGCCGUUCUUGGUCGCGGCGGCUCUCGUUCCGCUGGCGACGGCCACCUGGGAGCGUCAGCUCGAGCCCAAACUGUUCAUCGAGGAGUACCCGCACCAGCUGGUUCGAGUGUUCCCCGCCGACAACAUAACCGCCGUGCCGGGAGAGUACCUGAGGCUUCUCCUUCUUGACGGAGACUAUGUGCUCGUCGGGGGCAGGAACUACCUCUACAACCUCAGCAUUCACACGCUAGAUCAGGCAGGCAACAUCAGCUGGCCGGCGUCCGGCUCGAGCAACCCCGUGUGCACAGACCAAGCAGUGCCGACCGACCUCAACUGUGCCAACUUCAUCCGCGUGGCGCGGCACCUCUCGCCGCAGAGCCUCCUCGUGUGCGGCACGAACGCGUACUCGCCGCGCUGCCGCGAGUACAAGUACGACCCUGUGCAUCGCAACUACACAUGGAAGACGGACGUGGACGGCCAGGCCAUCAGCCCGCAGGACCGCAACAGUAGCGCAGCGGUGCUGUUCGUCAGCAACAGGCAGAUCGCUGGCCUGUCGGCACGAGCCGGCGUACCCAAGACACCCGCCGUGCUGGCGGCGCGGCCCCUGCGGACCAGGCCAGAGGACGCGACGCAGUUGGCCGCCGACGCAGAGUUCGUGGGUGCGUUCGCGUUCGACGAGCACGCUUACUUCUUCCUCACGGAGACUGCGCCCGAGAAAGACCACUGCGGUCCUCGCACCUCGGCCACGGUGGCCCGGGUGUGCGUCAACGACCCUGGCGGCGCCCCACCGCACGACUUCAUGUGGACCACGCUGCAGAAGGUCCGGCUUCACUGUUCGCUGAACGGCACCAACCCGUUCGUCUUCACUGACGUCGCGGCCGUCAGCCCGAUCAUGACCCGCUGGAACAAGGCGUUCGUGUUCUACGCACUCUUCCGGAUUCAAGGCAGCCCCUUCAGAGGGUCGGCCGUAUGUGCCUUCGGCGUGGACGACCUGAUCGCCAACAUCAACGACGGGAAGCCCGGCCGCGAGAAGUGCCCGACUCAGCCAACCGUUGUCGGCAACGAGACACAGUUCUUCCAGAAUAACAGCCCGCUGUCCCACAACGAGGUGCACAACUACCUCAGCGAACCCAUGUUGGCACACGUGGGGUUCGACUACCACUACACCAGCCUCUGGAUCGACCCGCAGGUACGCACCGUAAACGGGAAGCGCUACGAUGUGUUCUUCAUCGGCACUAGCCACGGUCACGUCAUCAAGGCCAUCAACGUCGGCCAGAACUCCAUUUCGACUGUUGUCAUCGAGGACAUCAUAGUCUUCCCCGGAGAGGACCCUGUCUUGGACCUGAAAAUCGUGCGACGACCCGGCUUGGUCACUCUUCUAGUGACCACGUACCACGAGCUUGUGUCUGUGCCACUCGACAACUGCAACUGGACGGUGCGCACUUGCACCCAGUGCGUCGGGCUCCAGGACCCGUACUGUGCCUGGAACAAGGACACAACUAAGUGCGAGAGCCUCGUGGAUCAGCCGGCGCCCAAGAACGCCGUGCAAGAAGUGGUCAGUGGCCACAGCCUCGAGUGUCCGGACGAGUUCGCCAAACACAUGAACAACAUGAAGUUCCCACACGGCAGCGACCCAUGGACCAUCGACAACGCGGCUACCAGUGGUCGCGGAGCGCCUCACCUGUACAGCGCGCAUACACUGGGCUUUGCGAUUACCUUCUGCAUCAUGGGUUCCAUCGUCAUUGGCUUCGGUGUCGGCUACUGGUACAGGCACAACCAGCGAAAGGACAUGGCUUACUUCAACUACCGAUGAAGCAAGGCCACCACUCAAAAGAGACAAAGACAGUUG